AUGGAUGAAGAUUCACUCCCUAAAGCAUCUUGUACAGCUAACUGCAACCUGACUUUGUUGGAGUCUCUAUAUCGACAGCUGGCAGUUCGUGAUAUAUCAUCAGCAAUUGCCAACUUGUAUAAUGAAUACAUUUUAGUACACCAACAAAGUGCUGAAAAAUUCUAUCGUAUUGAAGGAUUUCCUAGAGUUCUUGCCGCAAUUGAUUGCACUCAUAUACGAAUCCAAUUGCCAUGUCAUGUAAUUGGUGAAGAAUUUAGGAAUCGUAAAGGUUACUUUUCCUUAAAUGUCCAAGCCAUCUGUGAUGCUGAUUUGAGAUUCAUGAAUGCCGAAAAGCGCUAUAAUGAAGCACACACAAAAACUAGAAGUAAUGUUAUUGAAAGAACAUUUUGUGUCUGGAAGCGUCGCUUCCCUGUUGUGGCAUUAACACUGCGUUUAUCAUUGCCUAGGGUUCAGGCAAUAAUAAUUGUUACCGCAGUGUUGCACAAUAUUUGUAGGAACCACAAUUUAGAGGAUGUUCCUUCAGAAGUGGAGCUACCAACAGCGGAAAUAAUGAUGAAGUGUACUAUAAGUUCAAGAUGUUAG